UUGUAUCCAUGAACACCUUAUUAUGGACUAGCCACACAAUAAGGUGUUGGCUAGUCCACAAAUUGUUGUUGAGGUAUGCCACUUUAUUCAGCAUUUUCCAGGUUGUUGUAUUUAAUUAUGUGAACUUCUGUAAAUUCCUGCAAGUCCAUGCUGUCUUUCUAUUUUGAAUUGGUAAAUAACUAGUUCUUUUCAUGGUUCACCAUGCAUGUUUUACUUGGUGAGGUGUGUUUUCUUAGAUAUGGUUAGUCGCUGACGUACAUUUUAGCGCAGGUCUUACCUCUCAAUCUUAUUGAAGUGUUCUAGAAUGGAAAUACCAUUGAAAAUCUUACCAUUCAGCGAAAGAUUAUUUGGUUGAUGUGGAAAGAGGCUAUUUUAGAGAAUGCUAAUACCAUUAUAGCUCAUCUUAUUGGAUUGGUUUCCUACCCACACAUGAUGCUUGUUCGUGAAACAGCAAUUCAAUGCCUUGUAGCCAUGUCAGGGCUGCCCCAUGUGACGAUUUAUCCCAUGAGACCGCAGGUACUACAGACUAUAUCAAAGGCUCUCAAUGAUCUAAAGAGGCUCGUUCGCCAUGAAGCUGCUAGAUGUCGUCAAGCAUGGUUUGAUUGCAUUUAUAAGCACAUCAAUCAUCUAACAUUUCUUCUUCAAGUCAGUGGGUAUGACACUAUAUGA